AUGGUGAGGAAACCAUGCUGGCGGAGAGAGAGCAUCCCGGAGGAGUUCCUCCUGGCGAGGCUGGCGGAGGAGUAUGCGCGCCUGCCACGCUACAGCACGCGGCCACGGCGCGCCCGCUUCAUCGAGAAGCCCCGGGCACGGCGGCUCCCCGGGGCCGCUGGACGCUGGUCCUCCCCGGCGUCCCCGACCCCGUACGCCACAGUGUGCUACUACCCGCAGCGGCUGCUGCCCCCCGGCUCACAGCAGCUGCAGCAGCAGCAGCUGCAGCAGCAGCAGCUGUCCGACUCUCAGCUGCGCGGCAUCAACGGCGCUGAAGCGUCACAGCGGCACGCGGGUCGAGAGCCGCGUGCCCCGCGUCGCCCCCGUCUCUACGAGUUCCUGCUGGAGGCGCUGUCCGACCCCGCCAUGCGCCACGCCGUGCGCUGGGUGAGCAUCCACGAGGGAGUGUUCGCCUUCUCGUCGCGGCACAAGGAGGAGUUGGCGCAGGCGUGGGGUCAACGCAAGGGCAACCGCAAGGCGAUGACCUACCAGAAGAUGGCGCGCGCGCUACGCAACUACAGCAAGACGGGGCGCGUGCGGAAGGUCAAGCGGAAACUCACCUACCAGUUCGGGCCCGAGGCGCUCUGCUAAAGUUGGGGGGCAGCGCUGCCCCCCACCCCCAACAACUGGGAAGGAUGGGGGGUCGGGCGGGCAAGUGGUUUUUGUGGUAGGAAGGGCAGCGGUGGGUUGGUGAGCGGGCAGGAGGGUGAG